UUUAGGGUUUAGUUAAGUCUUCUCUCCCAGUCCCAGCGCCGUGAAGACUCUCUCUGGUUUUUGUCUCCCGCGCCUUCUCUCGUGACUUUCGUGAAGCACCUGUUUCUCUCCCGCGCCUUCCUCUUCUAGCCCAGCACCGUCAAACAUUCGACCAGACGGCCAAAAACUUGGGGCAAGUGCAUGAUGCAGUCCAACGGAGCCCCUGCAUCUAUGGAAGUCGAAGCAGUUACAUCUGAAGCCAAACCUGAAAAUGGAUCUCUUCCGCCAAAGCCCAUGUUUGAGCCUUUGAAGGCUCAUGAGAUGUCUGAUGGUCGAGUUCAAUUUCGGAAGGUAUCUGUUCCACCGCAUCGGUAUACACCUCUGAAGAAAGUCUGGAUGGAAAUUUAUACUCCAAUAUAUGAGCAGAUGAAGAUUGAUGUCCGUAUGAAUCUCAAGGCUCGAAAAGUUGAGCUGAAAACUAGGCUGGACACACCUGACAUCAGUAACCUUCAGAAGUGUGCAGAUUUUGUUCAUGCUUUCAUGCUGGGAUUUGAUGUUAUAGAUGCCAUUGCCCUUCUGCGUUUGGAUGAGCUGUAUGUUGAAUCCUUUGAGAUAAAGGAUGUUAAAACACUUAGAGGUGAGCAUCUAUCCCGUGCUAUAGGAAGAUUGUCUGGAAAAGGUGGUAAAACAAAAUUUGCGAUUGAGAACGCGACAAAGACUAGGAUUGUGAUUGCAGACACCAAGAUUCAUAUAUUGGGUUCUUUUGCGAACAUAAAAAUUGCAAGGGAUUCCCUUUGCAGCCUGAUUUUGGGUUCCCCUGCUGGAAAGGUGUACUCAAAGCUCAGGGCAGUCACUGCUAGACUAGCAGAAAGAUUUUGAUUACUUACAUGUGUGACAUUAUUCUUUGUCAUGGAAUUUUGAUGUUUUCUUUCAAGUUAGAUAUGCAGAGCUGUUGAGAAUACCAACUCUACUUUCAAAAAACUUCCAUUUGGGCUGUUGGGGUAUUGCUUGCAACAAUUGUAUCGAAUUUCUGUGCGCUUUACUUUACAUGUGUUGUAGCAAUUUUAAUCUUUUGGGGAAAGCCACAGGCCCACAGGCUAUCAGCCUUGUUUGUUGCUUAUUCCCUUUAGAAAUUUAUGCCAUCGCAAGAUUGUCAAGAAUGUUUUGAAGUUUUAUGUGGUAGUUACUGAUUACGGGGGA